AAAGCGCUCCUUCCCUAGCUGAGCUUCACGAAAGAUUUCAUCUUCCUCAAGACAAGUCUCGGGCUUUCCCGGAGGACUUGAAAGGCCUUCCCCGAACCAGCCACCCCAAAUUCCGCUGCAAGAAGGUUCCCUUCUCUUUUUCAGACUAACGUUGGGAAAAUGACCUUCUGUCAGCAACUCAAUUUCCCCUAAAUUUGGGCAAGGGAAGAGACGUCCAUCUGGUUAUUCAGUAGGACAGAGGGCGGAGUCCCGCGCGCCCCACUGUAAACUUUGACUCGGCGCGAGCUGCUUUGUGUAUGACCACUUGCUAAGGAGUGCCGCGGAGGGGAGCGGCUUGGGAGGGCAGCCCGCGCGCGGGUGCUGAGCGGGCGACGGAGCUCGGCGCCUCCCGCCCUCCGCCGGGACCGGGGAUGAAGUCCUGUAAGCCCAGCCACCCGGAGGCGGGAGCGCGCGCCGCGACCCCGUGCGCCGGCGGCGGCGAGUGCGCGGGCACGUGCACCGGGGCGGGGCGUCUGGAGAGCGCGGCGCGCAGGCGCCUAGCGGCCAACGCUCGCGAGCGCCGCCGCAUGCAGGGGCUCAACACCGCCUUCGACCGCCUGCGCAGGGUGGUGCCCCAGUGGGGCCAGGAUAAAAAGUUGUCCAAGUAUGAGACCCUGCAGAUGGCGCUAAGCUACAUCAUGGCUCUGACCCGCAUCCUGGCCGAGGCCGAGCGAUUCGGCUCGGAGCGGGACUGGGUCAGUCUCCACUGCGAACACUUCGGCCGCGACCUCUACCUCCCGUUCGCGGGUGCGAAGCUGCCGCCUGAGAGCGAGCCCUACGGCCAGAGGCUCUUCGGCUUCCAGCCCGAGCCCUUCCAGAUGGCCAGUUAGGGCGCACGGCCCUGCCGGCGUGAGAUGCCCAGUGAUGGAGCUCAGGAGCGGCAACGCAGCCCGUGGUGGCCUAGGAUGCGUUCUUAGGAAAAAAUCAGAAUAGAUUACUUUUAUUCGCAUCACCAGUUCUAUAGAUGCAAUGAUUUUAUUGCCUUUUUUCCUCAUCAGUAUUUCGUAGAUUUCAUUAAUGGAUAUUGUGAAUGAUUUUGAUUGCUGUGAAAAUAAGGUCUCCUCUCCCCUUUCUGGACUACUUAGAGGGAAAACAGUCUUAAGAAAAAAUAGGAUUAGGCUAUACUGCAGUUUUAGUCCUGAGGGAAAUAAUCACUUUCUUAAACUUUGUAAAUUUGUCCUUUUGCGGUGAAGUUACAGUAUCCAUUACUCGUAUAUGUUUAAAACAGAGCUACCUUCCUGACCUGUAAGUGCAUUUAUGUUUAAUGCAUUGUGUGUGCAUGCAUGAAGUAGUCGGGCUUUUUUUUUUGGUAGAGUAUGUGGGAGUGAGUGCUCUGCAUUUUUAAAAACUGUGUAUACAUUAUUAAAAUACAGGUUUUAUAAACUAUAAAUAAAAACGUGGGUUUGUUUUUCCUGCCAUGAGUUCUGCUAGUUUCCUGAUGGCACUCUAAAGGCCUAUUUGGGGGUAAUGAUAUUGAGGACUUACGUGAGUAAAGAUGUGGAAUGUUUAAAUCUAAUCGCACCAAUUGGCAAAUGUGCUGUUUUGUAAUACUUCAUCAAAAGAAGACAAGCUGAUGAGAGUACAAGUAAUUAAUUUGAAAGUUUCCUCUGUCAUCUUAGACAUAGAGAUGUAUUUUUCAUGGGUUUUUAAAGAUAAAUUAAUUGAAAUAGUAUUUAGCUCUUAGGUAACUAGACGUUCUUCAGUAUUUUAUUUUCCUAAGCCAAUUAGUAACUCCUAAUUCCGUACAAGUAUCCAAAUAUAUGUUUGUUCCUAUAUGGAAAUGUAUACAACUAGUACCAAGAGAAAUAAAAAA